AUUUUGCCGCUUCAUUUAAACCAACAAAGCAGAGACAAUCUUCAUUUCCUUCCUGGACACUCUAUUGGCACUCUGCCUAUCAAGAAUGAGUCACGAUUCUUCUCGUUCGGCUGAUUCGAGCCGUAGAUCAAAGCGAAGCUUCAACAAUUCCAAUUCUUCAAAUUAUAGCAAAACCAGUAGCAAGAAUACCAAAAGCACCAAGCAAAAAACCCUAGGCGUGGCCUGGGGCGCCAAUUCUCUUACCUCUUCUCGCUCCUCCUUCCGCAGUUCUCCUUUCUCCAAUUUUGGCAGUUAUAUGGCAGAGAAGAAUAGAAAACUUCAAAAUCAGUUCAAUGCAGAGGCUUCAAAUUCUGCUCAUAGUGAUUCCAUUUCGGGGAAGCUGAUUUUUGAUGGGGUUUCCAUCUUUGUUGAUGGUUUCACAAUUCCUUCGAGCCAGGAACUGCGAGGCUACAUGUUGAAAUAUGGUGGGCGGUUUGAGAACUACUUUUCAAGGCAUCGUGUUACGCAUAUCAUUUGCAGCAAUCUUCCGGAUAGCAAAAUCAAGAACCUGAGGUCUUUCAGUGGUGGGCUACCAGUAGUCAAACCUGCAUGGAUCUUGGAUUCUGUUAUUUCUAACAAGCUUCUGAGCUGGGUUCCCUACCAACUUGAGCAGCUUGCCAAUAACCAACCGAAGUUGUCAGCCUUCUUUGCUGUGAAAAACAGAUCAGUUGCUGAGGAUGCCUUGAAUGUUAUGGCUUGUCAAGUAAAUAUGGAACCAAAUCUGAAAGUUGGUACAUCUCAGGACACAAACUUAUUUGAAGAGCGUGAUCCUGUGAAAGAUGGAGAGCAAAUGGAUGGUAAAUAUGAUGUUACUGAUUGUGAGAUUGAGGAGCGAAGUAGUAGUUGUAGAAAUGCUUCAGAAGUAAAGAUGGCAGAACUAAGUGAUACAGAACAUGAAAACAGUGUUAACAAUGAGUCUAGCUCCCAUCAUAUCCCUAUGUCAGUCAGAAACUACAAUUUAGAUAAUCAAAAUGUGAAAACAUCACCAAAUCCAGCAAUAACUGUACCUUCUAAUGGAAGCCAUUCAACUCUUGAAGAUCCCAAUUUUGUGGAAAACUACUUUAAGAGCUCAAGACUGCACUUUAUAGGAACUUGGAGAAACCGGUACCGGAAGCGUUUUCCCACCUUAUCCAGUGAUUUUAGGUGCAGAAACUCGGCUAUUGAUGCUUCUGGUAGUUCUCGGAAGACUACUAUCAUCCAUAUAGACAUGGACUGCUUUUUUGUCUCGGUAGUCAUUAGGAACCAUCCUGAGUUACACGAUAAGCCUGUAGCUAUAUGCCAUUCAGACAAUCCAAAAGGAACUGCUGAAAUUUCCUCUGCCAACUAUCCUGCCCGCAAACACGGGGUUAAGGCUGGAAUGUUUGUUAGAGAUGCAAAAGCUCUUUGUCCACACCUGACCAUUUUCCCUUACAACUUUCAAGCCUAUGAAGAGGUUGCUGAUCAGUUUUAUAAUGUCUUACACAAGCACUGCGACAAAGUACAGGCUGUGAGCUGUGAUGAAGCUUUUUUAGAUAUUACAGACUUUGGAAGGGGAGAUCCUGAGCUUGUAGCUUCAACAAUACGAAAAGAAAUUUUUGAGACAACAAGAUGUACUGCUAGUGCUGGAAUAGGUGAGAACAUGCUUAUGGCCCGCCUUGCCACUAGAACUGCUAAGCCUGAUGGUCAAUGCUACAUCCCUCCUGAAAGGGUGGAUGAGUACUUGCAUGAACUUCCGAUUAAGGCACUUCCCGGAAUAGGCUAUGUUUUAGAGGAGAAGUUGAAGAAACAAAAUGUUUUGACUUGUGGACAAUUGCGCCUGAUUUCUAAGGACUCUCUUCAAAAGGAUUUUGGCAUCAAAACUGGAGAAAUGCUUUGGAAUUAUAGUAGAGGAAUAGAUAACCGACUUGUUGGAGCAAUUCAGGAAAGCAAGUCUAUAGGUGCUGAAGUAAAUUGGGGUGUGAGAUUCAAAAAUUCACAAGAUAGUCAGCAUUUCCUAUUAAACCUUUGCAAGGAGGUUUCAUUACGCUUGCAGGGAUGUGGACUGCAAGGGCGGACCUUUACCCUUAAGAUAAAGAAGAGAAGAAAAGAUGCUGGGGAGCCUACUAAGUAUAUGGGUUGUGGGGAUUGUGAGAAUCUGAGCCACUCAAUGACGGUUCCAAUUGCUACCGAUGAUGUUGAAGUGCUUCAGAGGGUAACAAAGCAACUCUUUGGGUCUUUCCACUUAAAUGUACAGGACAUUCGUGGAGUAGGCCUGCAAGUUUCCAAGCUUCAAAAUGCAGAUGUUUCCAAGCAGGGGCUUGAAAGACAUUCUUUAAGAUCAUGGCUUACCUCUGCCCCAGCAACAGUGGAAGAACGGAAUAGUAUUAAUAGCAUAUCCAAUAAGAGAUCUAAUAUAGCGCCACCUCCCCUUUAUGAUCUUGAUAUGGGAGUUAUUGAGGGUCUUCCACCAGAACUAUUUUCAGAACUAAAUGAAUUUUAUGGGGGGAAGUUAGUAGAUUUCAUUGCCCAAAGUAAAGGAAAAAGUGAAAAUAGCAGUGGUUCUUCAUGCAUCCCUUCUCAUGAACGAGGAAAAGGUGCAACAGGUUAUGGCAAGGGACAUCUCGCAUCUAAUGAAUUUCCCCCAAAUACAAUACUAGUGAAAUACAAGGGAAAGCAGCAAAUAUCUGAGGAAGCACCAUCAGCAAUUGCUAUUUCUGGUGAUGGAUCCUACAAUGAGGCUAUUCGAGAUGCAGGCCAUGGAAAUCCUGAUUUAAUGCCCUCAUCUCUAAGUCAGGUUGAUACUUCAGUGCUGCAACAGUUGCCUGAAGAAUUGAGAGCUGACAUUCUUGGACUGCUUCCUUCACACAGGGGAGAAGAGUCGACUUCAGAUGCAUCCUUGGUUCCUCUUAAAGAAAAUCCUCAGGAAGCAUUAAAAAUUGCCGACUAUAAAUCCAUAUCGGUUAACUCUGUUCUGAACAGUGAUCUUUGGAAUGGAAAUCCUCCACAGUGGGUUGAUAAGUUCAAAGUUAACAAUUGCUUGAUACUAAACACUCUGGCUGAGACGUAUUACAAAUCGGGUUCAGUGGGAAAUUUAUCAUCUAUAAUGCAGUGUGCAAUUUCUAAAUUUCUAUAUCAUCUGAAUGAAAAUGACGAUAGUUGGGGUUGGGGUGAUGAAGCUACUUAUUACUUUUGUGAACUUCUCAGGCAGUAUAUUAACCUUAAGAUUGAAUUUGACAUUGAAGAGAUUUAUGUUUGUUUUCGCCUUCUUAGAAGGUUUAUGAAAAAGUCAAAAUUCUUCUUGCAAGUGUAUGAUAUUGUCUUCCCAUAUCUUCAGGCAUCUGUAGGAGAACAUUAUGGAGGAAAUUUGCAUAUUUCACUGAAUGACUAGUGCUUCUUUUGACAAGAUUUCAUGUAUAAUCACAUUGACAUUCACCAUCAUGCUGCAAGGGUAGCAAUUCAUGGAAGAGCUACCAUAAGUACUUCUGUUAUCCCAUUUCAGGAUGUUUUUUUAGUUUCCUGUCAGAAAGGAUGAACUUUUGAUCCUCUACAUAUAAAAGAACAAGAUGGACUUCAGUGCUUUAGGUUAACAUCACAUGUAAAUCAUCUUUCAGUUCAAUUCUUUCCGAGUCCACAUCAGAGGAUGAUGAUUUGGUGCAUCUACUUUUUAUGCAAUGCUGUACCAGAAUGAGGUGGAAAUUAUCAGGAAUGAGUUGAAAUGGGUUGGAAGAUGCAAUUCCUGGCAUAUUCCGUAACUGAGUUGCAGUUUCUGCUGGUUCGAACGCAAUAAUUCCGAAAAGCCUGUCUUUGUAGGUUGCCUUUGUUAGAUAACAUUAAUUAAUUCCUUAAGGAGGAAGAAUGCACAAGCCUGGAUGGUACUUAAUGUAACAUGCCUCUUUUGUAAUCACAGCAAGGGCUCCUAAAUUUUGGCUUACAAAGAGCAGUUCAGCUAUAAAAUAUUUUGUCUGACUAAAGGUUUCCUCCUCUCCCAAUACUCAAAAAUAAAAAAAAAAAUAUUUUGUCAAAGUAAUUUAUAAUUAAGUUUGUUAAUAUAGUUAUGUUCUCUAAAAUAUUUUAUUUGUAAUUAUGAAUAAAAAUAUCUUAUUUUUAGUAAGAAUGGAUAUUCAAAUGUCCCCAAAA